AUGUCAACAGAGGUGCCAUCAGAGCCCACCAAACAUAAAUUCGUACCUCGACCGAGCUUCCCAGAUUAUAAUAUACCUCUUGCGAAUUUCCAUGGACAUCAUAGGAAAGCGUUGCAAUCGAUGCAUCAGACUGCGCUACAAGUGGAUCUGGUACUGGAACUACGAGACUCGCGAGCACCACUUUCUUCGAUAAACUUAUUAUUCGACAAAGUCUUGGGACAUAAGAAUAAGCUCGUUUUGUACACCAAGAACGAUUUGAGUGGAAUUAAGAAUGCAACUGAGUUAUAUGAAGCAUGGCAUCCGCAUCAAAAAUUUUUAAAUAUUGACUGUAGAAGCACUGCUGAUGCCAACAAGGUGUUGUCAGCAGCGAAACAGUUAUACGAUGAACUGGAACCAAAACCGCCUCUGGGUUUGAGGUUACUUAUUACUGGUAUGCCCAAUGCCGGCAAAAGCACUUUCUUGAAUACUCUGAGAAAGGUGGGCACGGGAGAGCGUCAUAAAGUAGCCAGUACAGGAGAAAUGCCUGGUGUCACCAGAAGCAUAUCAGAAACGAUUCGCAUCUCACGAGAUCCAAACAUUUAUAUUUUUGAUACACCUGGUGUAUUUGUACCACAAGUCAAGAACUCUGAAGAUAUGCUGAAAAUGUGCUUAAUUAACGCUGUCAAACGAAGUCAUGUCGACCCUGUGGUCCUAGCAGAUUAUCUUCUGUACCGUAUCAAUAAACAAUACCCAGACGGCAAACCAUAUCUAAAAUAUACCGGACGACCAACUAACAACAUCGACUUUUUAUUAAGAAGUAUAGUGAAAAGGAGGCUGUCACGUAGAAACUCCGCUACAAAAGAUAACAACAAGGCAAAGGCCAGUAAUAAUGGAGACAAGUCCAAGGGCACAAAAAUUGUAGAUUUCAAUGAGAAUGGUGAAGCCCUGGACUGGAUCGAGAAAUGGACAAAGGGCAAGGGACCCAAAAUUGUACUCGAUGAUGUCAAUGAACCUGAUUGCUAUGCAAAGACUAUAGAAGAGCAACAGACGCGACUUAGUAGUUUUGAUCUCGGUCCGCUCAAAGUGAAAUCAUUUCAGAAGAAGAGGCUGAUGCUCCGGUAA